GAUCCAUGGAAAAGUACAGUGUACAACAAGCUAACCAGCUCAGCAUUUUACUGAUCAACUUUAUUCACCGGAUAUUGGGGGAAACGCAAUUUAUUCGAUUGCAUUUUUCACAGGAGGACGAAUGGCCGUGGUUUUAUUUAGUUAACAGGACAGUUUUGUCAUUUAAAAGUGGGCAGCGCGGCURCCACCGCCCACUCUGACGUUUAGCUGCUCAUGCGGCCUUCGCUGUGUUGACUCACAGGACAGCGGAGACAUGGCGGAAGACUGGAAGUCCAGGUGACUUCUUGCCUUUUAGUUAAAACUCCUUUGGGCGCAGUGUUGCAAAGGGGUUAGCCGGAAAACUGGCAGCUUUGAUAGGUAAUCGGUUCCUCCUGGAGAACAUGGAGGUUGCGUCGGAGGGAAAGGCUGCUGAAGAACUCAGGAGGGAGCACUGGAAGCUUCUGUCCAGUCUGAAGACCACGGUGGAGGGUCUGUUAUCCACCAACAAUCCCAAUGUGUGGUCGCGUUAUGGCGGCUUGCAGCGACUGCACAAGGACAUGAACAACAUCCUCAGCCACGGGCUGAAGAACGAGCAGGUGUAUUACAAGCAGCGUGACUACUGGCCGUUUGUUUGGUGUGUUCGAUACAUCAGCCCUCACCUUGCCUCACUUGUUGAACAGUUCAGACACCUGGAGCCGGUGCUGAGCAGCGGGAUGCGGAGUGCAGGGGAAAGCUACAAGGCUGAGCGCUGGCUGCUUCACAGCRUGCAGGUUCACAAGCUGUCGGCUCAGCUCAAACCGCUGCUCAAACAUCGAGCAAACACACAUAAGUAUUAUAACGAGGAUUCCUUCCUGCUGAGUGAGCCUCACGUGAUCGCCAUGUUUCAGUGUCUGGAAGCAGUGGAGCAGAAUAACCCCAAACUGCUGGCUCAAGUAGACACGGUUGGGCUGUCGCCCCUGAAGGGCUCGCUCUGCGUGGGUCUGCUGAAGAGCCAGAGUCUGUGCGUGCUGCCGGGGUCCAGCGGGACCUGGAGGAACGCCGACGCYACUCCUGGGGGGGACUCCCUGAACCGCAGACUCACCGCCUCGAACUGCUCCCUGCGAGACGCGGUCGGCAGAAACCACAAACCUGCAGACCCCGCCYCAGCUAGACCCCGCCACAUAAGCAAGGAAAGCAUCAGUAACAAGCACACUACCUCUCCAGCCAGCAGCCAUGACGCCCCCUGGGUGUUCAUGUCCAGGUCGGGGGAGAUCGAGCCAGGUCUGACCAACUCUGCUUGGUCGGCGUCCGUCUCCCUGCRGGAGUCUUCCUCGCCCUCGUCCCUUCAGCCCGAGGCCGCUGACUCCUGCGACGGCGACUCCGACGACGGCCCCGAGUAUCUGGCUAUCGGCAACCUCGGGCAGCGCAAUCGCCGCGGCUCCCGAAGCUCCGCCCACAGCAGCGAGCAGGACGAGACCAGGGAGCGGUGCCUGCAGCCGAGCGCCAAGGCUCCGACGCAACCGAGGCGAUCGUCUUUUUCAGAGGGUCAACGGGGACCUGGCAGGGGGGCUCGAGGGCACACCCGCUCGUUUUCAGACACGGGGCUCAAUCAGAAACUCAGGGAUGGAGGGGGCCACAGAAAAAUCACCAUAAUAAUAGAGGAUCCGGUUGCAGAAUCGGCAAAUGAAGACAGCAGCAUGGACUAUAGUCCUUUCUCACCUCAGCACAGUGAUUCCAGCACUCCCAGUUCUCUUUACAUGGAGUCCCAUGGGUCCCAGCACAGCGGCGCCCCUGAUGGGAUGUUCAGGAAGCCUUCAAAGGGGCAGAGCCUCAUCAGCUACCUGUCAGAGCAGGACUUCGGCAGCUGCGCUGACCUCGAAAAGGAGAACGCCCACUUCAGCAUCUCAGAGUCCCUGAUCGCCGCCAUCGAGCUGAUGAAGUACAACUUGCAGUGUCAGGAGGUGGAGGGCGAGGAGGAGGGGGACAGCGACUCUGAGAUUCAGCAGCUCAAGCAGAAGAUCCGCCUGCGGAGGCAGCAGAUCCGCCGCAGCCGACUGCCUCCUUGCACCUCCUCCCAGCACAAUUUCCACUCCACCGACAGCGGAGGGUCCAGGAGGAGCUCUCAGGACUCGUACCAGGGCCUGUCUGACUCGGGCUCAGCUGAGGAGGUGGAGGAGUGCGAGCUACAAGAUGGCUGUGAGGGUCCGUCCCUGCUGGCGGUGUCUCAGAGCGGCCUCUCCUUGUCGCUCGCCUCGCUCUUCUCAGAUGCAGAUAUAAAGCGCAGCGUGAGCUCCAGUGGCCGAUCCUUUCUCAGCUCAGAGUCCAUCUCUCCCUCCUUCCUGCAGUCUAACUCUGCCGAGUCAGUAGCCAUGGGUUUACUCAGGCAGUUUGAAGGCAUGCAGCUUCCUGCAGCUUCAGAGCUCGACUGGCUGGUCCCAGAACAAGACGCUCCUCAGAAGCUGCUUCCCAUUCCCGACUCUCUGCCGAUCUCUCCUGAUGACGGGGAACACGCAGACAUCUACAAGUUGAGGAUUCGAGUCAGAGGCAACCUGGAGUGGGCGCCGCCUCGACCWCAGAUCAUCUUCAACAUUCAUCCUGCCCCGAAGAGGAAGGUAAUUGUGGCUAAGCAGAACUACCGCUGCGCUGGGUGUGGCACCCGCAUCGACCCAGACUACAUCAAGCGACUGCGUUACUGUGAAUACCUCGGCCGUUACUUCUGCCAGUGUUGCCAUGAAAACGCCCAGGCGGUUGUUCCCGGCCGAGUGCUCAGAAAGUGGGACUUCGGCAAGUAUUACGUCAGCAACUUUGCCCGGGACCUGUUGAGCAAGAUCGCCGGAGAUCCUCUUUUCAACCCCAGCGACAUCAACAGCUGCUUGUACAAGAAGAUCAAGGCCCUGGAGUCGGUCAGGGUUUUAAGGGUGCAGCUGUUCCACAUGAAAAAUCUCUUCAAGACCUGCCGUUUCUCGAAAGAGGUUCUCGACCAGUUCGACAGCCUGCCGGGCCACCUGACCGAGGACCUCCAGCUCUUCUCUCUCAACGACCUCACGGCGGUCCGCAACGGAGAACUGGCCACCCGAAUGAAAGAGCUGCUCAAGCUGGGCACCGUGCACGUCGCUAAAUGUGUGCUGUGCCAGGCGAAGGGCUUUGUGUGCGAGUUCUGCGGCAACGACAAAGACAUCAUCUUCCCCUUCCAGCUGAGCAAGUGCCAYCGCUGCGAAGAGUGCCACGCGUGUUACCAUCGCAGCUGCUUCCGCACGGGGAAGGACUGUCCUCGAUGCCGGCGGCUGGCGGAGCGCAGGGAGAGGAUGGCGCGCAGAAACGUGGAGGAGCAGGAGGACGAGGGAGGCGGGGCCUAGCGCCGUCGGGAACGCGGCAACCCUCAGGAGUAAAAGGAGCAAAACGCGACGAUGAUUGUACUUCCCCGGUCCGGYCCUUCUCCAGUGUGGGUGAUCGUGUCCACGGCAAACCAGCUUUCCAGGAGUAGAUCUUGGACUACGUCCCUUUUUUUUUUCUGAGCUGAAAGAUCCUUUUCUUAAAGCCCCUUUUAAUACAUGCACUUUAGAUUAUUAAAGCAUCCUGCCUGAAUUAGCAAAUGAGUGACUAUUACAGACAAAAAAAAACUGUUUAAUUACCUCCUUAGUUAAGAAAUUUUCUAUAAUAUAACUGUAUUUUUAUAUAAAAAUGAAUGCACUAACAUGUUCUGAUCAUUUAUUGUAGUUUUUUUUGGCGCAGAAGCUUAAAAAAAGGUAAUUGCUCUUAAGAUGAGGUUUAAAACCUGCAAUGUUUUUUUUCUUAACGUCCUUCAGCAGGGCUGCGUCAUUCCUUUCCCUAACAGCCUGCUCUGUUUGAGAACAUGCAAAUGAUCCAACAUUGCACACGUUUUUGACGCCACACUUCUUUUUGUGCAGCUUAACAAGAGCCAAAGACUUCCGGAGCUUGUCGGCACUUGUGUGUCGGGACGCUUGCGGGAAAAGCGAACUUGUUUGUCGUGUCAGCAGAAAGCGUGAAUGAUUUUAGGGUUCAGUUGGAGAUGGUUCUCUCGACCUAAGAUGGCAGGAGAGUAUUUGUUUUAAAGAACGACACUGAAAGCUAAAGGAUGUUUUUUUUUUUUUAAGAGUUUGACCGAUGCCGUGUUUGAGUAAUCCUGCCACGUUUGUUUUAAUUUGAACAUUUACCCUGGACUUCUCCUUUCUUCUUGUUUUGCUACUUARGUUUCCUUUUAAGCUAUUUUAAACCCGUUUGUGACCAACGAACAAAUGGUGAAACCGUGUCGGGAGGAAAGUUUUGAGUUUGCAGGACUGGAUUCCAAAAAGAGUCUUCAGAAUCGGUGUUGCAAUGAAACUGCAAACGCUCCUGUUUGUGCUGCUUAGUUUGUGUGUGUGCUUAUGGACGUGGAGUGUGUGUGUGUUUUGAGGUGAACCUGCUGUUCUCGCAGCUCGAAGCUGAUUUCUGAGUUUGGAAAUAGCAGAUUUUUUUUGGUUAAUUGCACUGAUCUGUGUGUCUUGUUUGUGUUGUGGGCGGAGCUCCGGCGCCAUCCUUUUAAAUGUUCGUUUUAAGAACAUGGGACUUUGACCUUUUCACCCUGAACCYUAAAAGAUGUUCCUGUCAUCUGGUUUAUGCAACACCGAGAGCGGCUCCGUCCAUUAUUCAUCACUUUUAAAAAUCUGUACGUCUCCCUUYGCAGAUUCGCUCAUUCACCUAUCAGACGUUCUGCUGAUGCCUACGUGACGUUUUAAACACUGUCAUCACCUCUCUGUAGGGUUUAUAGGGAGGUUUUGUUUGUCUGGGGGAAAACAAGCUUUCUGUUUCUUGCACUCUCAGCCCUCUGUUCACGUUUAGACUUAUUUCUUGUGGUUACUACUGGACCAGUUCAGAUAAAAGUUUACCUGCUGCAGCUCAUUUGUCACUUAUGAUGAGUUUAUUGUUGUUUUGGGUGUUUUUGAGGUUUUAAAAGAAAUGUUUAAUCAGCUUUCUUGUACUAAAAAAAAGACUAAACUGGGUGAAGCACUCAUUUAUUUCUAACUUUAGCUCCCUUUCAUUCUAAUUGUUUAAUAAUUACUGCUUUACAUGGAGACGAACUGUUCUGGGAUGAAUACUGAUGUUUUUGAAUUCUUGCAAGAAAGAAACGACGGCCCUCUUCAGCUCCUAAAAAGACCACCCAAUCCCCGUCCUGAAAAACCUCCUCAGCCUGUUUGUUUUUGGACCGCCUUUYUUUUGGAGGGUGAUGAAGUUUAAAGUGCACUACAGAAUGUUUAUUAUUAAAAAUGUUAAUUAGUCUUAUAAUAUAUCUUGAUUUGCUUUGAAAUUGUAAUUAUGUUAACAAUAAAUGACUGGCAAGACUGUUAAA